AACAAGGGGAGAUGCUUGCCUUAGGAACACACAGCUCUGAAUGGAAGCUUGAGAUAGGCGAAGUAUUUUAGAUCUGCCUUUGAUUCUAUCCUGCCAAGAUUCCUUGUUAAAAGAAUGUCUUAAUUCACUGGGGAAAUAUUCAUGGCUUCCUCCCAAAGAUACUGAUGGGAAAUUUUGGGUGGGCAAAGUAUGUGAACAAUAAACAAAAUCCUAAGAUAGUCAAUGCAGUGAAAAUAGUAGCUGCUGCUCAGUUAUGCCCCAGCAAGGCAGCACUCUGGUUCCAAACACACGCUGUUAAACAACAGAAGAAGCAAGAGAGAUGGGAGAAGCUCAGUUAUGCAAUACAAAAGCAGAGUGUUGAGCUGGGCAGGUGAUGCAGGAUUUGGAUAACGAAGCAGGAGAACGGAAAGCAAGGAUUAGCAUCUUGGAAGCAGACUUAAGGAGCGGGCGGUGAGGACAAUGCCCCUGCCACUGGAAACGCUGGAGGAAUAGUCCUGGCAGCCAGGAGGCCUUCUAAUUGCAAAGGCGAAGUUGCUCAGCCGCAGGCCUCACUGCAGGAGAAAAGCCAGAUACGCUUCCCAUCCAAGAGUGCCUCCAACAGGCUGGGCUGCAGCACCAGACCGGCACCAUCACAGAAUUGCUCCCAUGAAGGCUUUGGCUAUCCAGUCCAGAGAGGAUCCAGAUUUGCCCAUGUCUAAACCAGGACCUUUUGGUGCCAUGACUUCAGAACACGAAGAAGUUGAUGUUGUGAAUGGACUAGCGCUGAAUACCAAACAGCAUGAGAAAGAUCAGGAGUCUGCCAAAAUCUGUGCUGGAAAAGGAGCUGUGACUCUUUGGGCAUCUCCGGCUUCUGAGAAGAGUCUAAGGAUUAGCCAUCUAAAGUAUACGCCGGACAUCCAGCACACAGAAAUUCAUCCAGUCAAAGAGCAAGGAGAAACCAACACAGAUGGCUGGAGAAGACUUCCUGGUGUUGACUCAAACAGGGAGAUUCUGUCUGUGAAGGAUUACUGGAGUGUGAGGCCAAACCUCUCUGAGAGCAGGUCACAUGAUGCCACUUCCUCUGCUACCACCUCAGUUCAAACUGAGGUCAUAACAGGGCCAUUCCAACAGAUUCAGCCAGGCAGAGAAGAAUCCAGCCCAAGCACGCCACCGGUGCCUCUCCGCCAUUUUGACCAAGGGUUAGAAUUUUCAAACGACGCGUCUCCUGGUUUCCUUCUGGCCCUUCCAACGCUAGAUGAUUUCAUUCCCCCUCACCUUCAGAGAGCUCCCAACCACCAGCACCCAUUGUUUUCACCUCAGACUGCACUACACACGCAUGCAACACUGCCUUCACUCUCAUCACCACCUCCUCUGCUGACCCCUCCAGCCACAGAAAUCUCAAGCAGCAUCUUGGAGACCGACAGCAUAGGAAUGGUCUUUCGAACAGAUACCUGCCCCCAGCCACAUGAAGUCUCUAAGCCCAGGGGUGGCCCUGCUGCCUCAAUGGCGAUCAGCAAAUCUUUGGGGGCAUACCCUUCCACCACAAUUGUCAACCCUACAAUUGUCCUUUUGCAGCACAACCGAGCGGAACAGCAAAAAAGGCUUAGUAGCCUUGCAGAUCCACUGCCUGAUCCACCAGUCACUGAUAAAGUAGAUGAUAUAUCUGUUCGACAGAAGUUAAAUCCAGGCAAGGAAGAUGCAACAGAGGAACAGAAGAGAGUUGUUAAUAAUUCUCAGCAUAUGGCUGAUGAUUCUCUGGAUCCCAUAGGCAUUCCACUAAGAAAUACAGAGCGAUCCAAGGACUGGUACAAGAUCAUGUUCAAACAAAUCCACAGAUUAACGAAAGACCCUCCUGAAGAAAACCCUUAUUGCCCUACCUACAUAUUCCCUGAGCUUCCUGCUAUUCAGCCCAAAAGCAAAGAUGAGGAUUCUGAUUCAUAUUUUCCACAGGACUCCUUCGGCAAAGAAUCAAGAGCACAAACUUCAGUGCCCCGUUCCAAGAGUGAGAAUGAUACUAUUAGCACAGACAAGAUAAUGAAGAGAUCUGCCACCUUGCCACUGCCAGCUCGUUCCUCAUCUCUUAAGUCGGACUCUGAGAGGAAUGAUUGGGAGCCUCCAGACAAAAAAGUGCACACAAGGAAGUGCCGGGCUGAACCUAAAAGCAUUUAUGAAUAUCGUCCAGGGAUGUCCUCGGUUCUGGACAAUGAAACAUUGCCUCGGGAUAUAAGCCCAGAAGAGAUAGAUUUAAAGAAUGAGCCUUGGUAUAAAUUCUUUUCGGAAUUGGAGUUUGGGAAACCGCCUCCAAAAAAGAUAUGGGAUUAUACUCCUGGAGAUUGCUCUAUCCUUACUAGAGAGGAUAGAAAGGUGGAUCCAGGAAGAAACCACUGCUUUUAUCAUACUGAAUUAGAUGCAGAUAUAGACAAAAUGGAGAAGCUUUAUAAAGCCCCAGAUCAAAAGCAACUGAAGAAUACAGCAAGCUCCCCUCCACUGGAAACACUCUCAGACCAUUUCUGUCACUACCAUCCUGUAAAGAGAGAGUUGGAAACAGAGCUUGGAAAUUCCACUGGACUGGGAAGCGAAAGGCAAAUCUAUAAAAGUGUUUUGGAAGGUGGAGAUAUCCCAUUGCAAGGGCUGAGUGGCUUGAAGCGCCCAUCCAGUUCAGCAUCCACAAAAGAUUCAGAAUCACCGAGACAUUUUGCAACACUUGAUUAUAUAGAGAGUCCUGAAGAAAUGUUCCAAAGGCACAACAGUGAUAAAGAGAAACUUUUAGAGGACCAGAGACGGCUUAAACGUGAGCAAGAGGAGGCUGAUAUUGCAGCCAGAAGGCACACAGGGGUCAUUCCUACGCACCAUCAGUUUAUCACUAAUGAGCGCUUUGGGGACCUUCUAAUUAGAGACGAUACAAUCAAAAGGAAAACUGGGUCAGAGAUGAGAGCAGCCAGAGUGAAGUUUGACUUUAAAGCCCAGACAUUAAAGGAACUCCCGUUACAGAAAGGAGAUACUGUUUACAUUUAUAAGCAGGUUGAUCAGAACUGGUAUGAAGGAGAACACCACGGCAGAGUGGGCAUCUUCCCACAAUCUUACAUAGAGUUGCUUUCCCCAACAGAAAACAUCCAAACUAAAAAAUCAUCACCAGUGCAGAUCCUGGAAUACGGAAAUGCAAUUGCCAAAUUCAGUUUCAGUGGAGAUACCGCUGUGGAAAUGUCCUUCAGAAAGGGAGAAAGAAUCACACUGAUUCGACAAGUAGAUGAGAACUGGUAUGAAGGAAAAAUCCUCGGCACCCUUCGCCAAGGCAUCUUCCCUGGCUCUUAUGUGGACAUACUUAAGCAGCCAGUGCUGAAGGACAUGUCAGGCUAUGCCCACCAACCGCUGAAUUGCAGCCUGACUGCUCCACAGCCUUCAUUGCGGCCAGGACCAGAUCUCACAGAAUCGGAAAAGAACUAUGUGCAACCACAAGUCCUGCCGUCAGAAACUGGCCUUGACCGGAAGCAUGCCACACAAGAAAUACUUACCUAUCGAGCGCUUUACAGCUAUGUCCCACAGAAUGAUGAUGAACUGGAGUUAAGAGACGGAGAUAUAAUAGAUGUUAUGGAAAAGUGUGAUGAUGGCUGGUUUGUUGGCACAUCAAGGAGAACCCAACAGUUUGGGACUUUCCCAGGCAACUAUGUGAAGCUACUAUCCUUUUAGAAACUAUGGGCAGGCUCUUCGUGUCAUCUGCAGAGACUGAGGAGGACCUGAGUAUGACAUUUCUAAAACAAUCCUUGGGAAAGAGAACUUUAUGAAUGGAGCAGCCGAGACAGUAGGAGUGGACAUGGAAUGUGGUGAAAUGCUGGAGUUAUGCUGCAAAGUUCCUGCUUCCUUUGAACGUGUAUGGAGGAGAGGAGACAGGAUGAUUGAGCCUUUAUACUCUGCUGUUUGAUUCUGUUUUUAUUCUCUAGGGAGUAUGUGAUAAGGCUUGGCUUUCCUUCAGACGUGAGCAUUGCUCUCCCUAAUGAAGCUAGGGGGAAAGAACAGAAGGAAACAAAACAGGGUUUCUGUUGGACAGGAGGAAGAAGAAAAGGAGGGGGAGCAUGUAUUGCCAGGAGCACAGGGUGUAGAUUGUUGGACUGCAGCCUGGCUACUAUCCUGCUUAAAUACCCUGCAGCUUUUGUUGGCUCUCAGGGACCAGUUUUAUAUGAAAGGCCGUAUUGUCAACAAUCAUGGAAGUCCUCCUCUCUCCCAAGGACAAAAACCACAGAACCAGACUGUAGUCCAGCAACAUCUAGAGGGCCAAGUUUGCCCACCCUUAUUCUAGUGGUUGACAGAUUCCAAACUGAGUGGCUAGAAUAAAGGAAGACAGACUGUGGUAUAGCAUCUAUUCCAUUUUGGAUUAUCCUGCAAAAUAUUCCUGAAUGUGCCUUUCUAGAAGUGAUCAUAAAUGUAAUUUCUGGCUGCAUCUUUUUUUUUUAAUCUAGAAAUACAGUCAAACUUAUAUUGUGCACACUUGUUUGGAAGUAAACCCCAUUGUAUUCAUUCAUAGUUUCCCUUUAUUGGACUUCGUUGCUGCUUUUUUAUAGUCAUUUUGAUUGUGAUUGGCAUAAUAAUACUCUAAAAUAAACUUUUUUUCUGCUGUGUUUUUAUAGUUUAUCCACAAUAGCAGCAGGAAAUUCACAUUCAGCAUAUUUUCACUCUCUCAUAUAUUAGUCUCCAGAAUAGCAAAACAUGUUUAGGUUUCUCCAUCCCAAGAUCAGCCAAAAACAUCAACUGAAGUGCUUUAAUAAUAUGAUUGUAAAUAUGUAUAUUCCCUUUGUAAAAACGUACAAAUCUUAUAUUGCAAAUUGAAAUAUAAAACUGGGUCUUUUAAAAAUAGUUUGAGGAGGAUCUUUCCAUUUUAUUUAUUAUCACGCUAAACAAAUUAGUAAUUGUGCUACAAAGUGCUGUUUUUCAUUGGAAUAGAGAGUUAGCAUUUAUUGCUUCGAUUGCACUAAAAUGGCUUGCUGUGUUCUGCAGCUUUGUGCUCGAGUGGAGUUUCUAGAAUGCCAUCCAUUUGGAGGCUUGAUGGAGGUGUAGGCAGCCUUAAUAGCUGACGGAGGCCAUGCGAUGGGCACACUCAGAUUAGCUGCCGUGGGAAGGUGGUCAGUUCCCAAAAUACAUGCAAAUGGCAUGGCCAGUCACGAAACACCCCUUUCCUAGGUGAACAAGGGCCCUCAGAGUUGCCAGCCAUCCUAGUGAGGUGCGAAGACAUUGCUAUAGAUUAAAAUUCCUAUUUAUUUUAUUUAGUAAUAUAUUUUUAAAAAGAGGUGUAGUCUACCCUGUUUUAAGGGACAUUUGAAUAUUUUUAUUUUAGGGUUGGCAGUAAAAUUACAGGAUUGAACAAUUUUAUUCUGCAAAUAUCUUAACAAUAUUGGUAGCAUGUAACUAACCCAAUAGCAUUUUUAACUAUUAUAUAUUUAUAUUCCUGCUGACAUAGUUCUAAGCAAAAAGUUAUUCUUGUCUUUGUUUCAUUUUACAGAGGAUUAUUACUUUACAGUUAACAAAUGGAAAUGUUUAAAGCAUGUUUCCUUGUGUAAAAUAUUAAAUAAACAUUAACCCAACCUGAA